AUGCUAGAAUCAUUUCAGUCUUCUUCUUGUAUCCCUGUUUCUUGUCCCCUUGAGUUGAAUGUCAAACUGAAAGCCAAGGUUGGUGACCCCCUGCCUAAGCCUGAAGAUUACAGAUGCCUGAUUGGGAAGCUGAAUUUUUUAACCCACACCAGACCUGAUAUCAACUUUGCAGUCCAGCAUCUCAGUCAUUUUUUGCAGUUUCCUUGUGUUCCCCAUAUGCAGGCUGCUCUUCAUGUUUUGAGAUAUUUGAAAGGCACUUCUGAUUAUGGCAUAUUCUUCAAUUCCUCUCCUGAUUUGUCCUUGCAAGUAUUUUGUGGCAGUGAUUGGGCUUCUUGUGCUGAUAGUAGGAGAUCUGUUUCUGGGCUUUGUAUUUUCCUUGGUGGGAGCCUUAUCAGUUGGAAGUCCAAGAAGCAACAUAUUAUUUCCCUUUCAUCUGUUGAGGCUGAAUACAAAGCAAUGAGUAAGGCUGCUGCAGAGGUUACGUGGAUCUCCAGAUUGUUGGGAGAUUUUGGUGUCUCUUGCUCUUCUCUUGUUCCUCUGUUCUGUGAUAAUCAAGCAGCUCUGCAUAUUGCUCGCAAUCAUGUAUUUCAUGAACGGAACAAACAUAUUGAACUUGAUUGUCAUUUUGUUAGACACAAGCUUGGUGAGGGCCUGCUGAGUUUACAUCAUGUUUCCAGCUCUUCUCAGAUUGUUGAUCUGCUCACAAAAGCCUUGUCUGGGCCUGCACACUAUUUUCAUCUUCGUAAGUUAGGGGUUUUGUCACCCUCCAACUUGAGGGGGCUGUUAGAAUGGGCCCAAUGGGUAUAG